ACUACGGUAUAUAAACGCAUACACAGCAAAUCCAGAUCAUUGCAAAAGGGCGAACGGAUGGCGCCGAUAAAAGUCUACGGGUGGGCUGUGUCGCCAUGGAUGUCACGGACCCUUGUGUGCCUGGAGGAGGCCAACGCGGAGUACGAGAUCGUUCCCAUGAGCAGGAGCGGCGGCGACCACCUACUGCCAGACUACCUCGCCAUAAACCCCUUCGGUCAGAUCCCAGCACUGCAGGAUGGUGACCUGACUCUCUAUCAAUCGCGUGCCAUCGCAAGGUACAUUCUCCGCAAGUUAAAACCAGAGUUUCUGCGAGAAGGCAAUCUCAGGGAAUCCGCAAUGGUGGACGCUUGGGUCGAUGUGCAAGCCCACAAGCUGGAGCCCAUCUUACUUCCCAUCGUGGUGAACUGCAUCAUUAACCAGUUCGUUGGGCGCGACCGCGACCAGGAUGUGGUCGAUGAGAACAUCGAGAAGCUGAAGAAGUUGUUGGAGGUGUACGAGGCGAGGCUGUCGACCAGCAAGUAUCUGGCAGGGGAUUUCCUCAGCUUCGCGGAAUUCACCCAUUUCGCCUUCAUGCGAUACUUCAUGGCGACUGAGUACUACGCGGAUGUGGUUGACGCGUAUCCGCAUUUCAAGGCAUGGUGGGAGGCGUUGCUGUCGAGGCCAUCGGUCAAGAAGGUCAUGGCCGGCAUGCCUCCGGAUUUUGGGUUCGGAAGUGGGAAGAUACCGUAAUAAGGGAAGAGGUGCGGUUGUGUGUAUGUGUAACACCUGAAAUAAAAAUAAUUAUCUUAACUAAAUCUGUUGUUUUGAAGAGCCUUGUUGAGCUUUCUUUGAAUAUGCAGAAGAAUUUAAAAUUUUGUUUGA